AUGACAUCCGAACUAAGAAACCUCAUUAAAGAACGCGCAACGGUCAAGGCGCAACUGUCGCGAUUAAAUAAUUAUCUACGACAAUUAGAAACGGUAGACAUUCCCGCAUUAGAACGGCGCAAGCAAAAACUCGAAGAAUAUUAUGUUAGUUUCUCCAACGUCCAAAGUCGCAUUGAAGCAAUCGACGAUAAUCCCCAGCAGGAUCAGAACCGCGAGGAUUUUGAAAUUUUAUAUUACGAGUGCGGUGACUUCAUCGAUCGUGAAUUAGAUAAAUUAAAUAGAAUUCCACCUCAUAGUAAUACGGUAGUUACACCAUCUAUAUCAGCACCGCAGUCUAUACUACCUAAAAUUCAUAUUAAACCCUUUGAUGGCAACUACGCCGAGUGGCAAGACUUUCACGACACAUUUAAAUCACUCAUACACGAUAAUGAAACCGUUCCCAUAAUACACAAAUUCCAUCUUUUAAAAUCUUAUCUAACGGGAAACGCUGCCACUGUAACUAACUCAUUAACGGCUUCCGAGGAGAAUUACUUCGUCGCUUGGGAAUUAGUUCAAAGGCGAUUUAACAAACCUAGAAAAAUAAUUCAGAGCCACAUUCGUGCAUUAUUCAAGUUGCCAGAAAUGACAGGAAAGGGUAUGUCUUCAUUGCGCGCCCUUACAGAAGCAGCCGAAAUGCAUGUAAACGCAUUACGUUCGCUAAGGCAACCGGUAGACUGGGACGAGAUUCUCAUCUAUGUUGUAACAGCUAAAUUAGAUAAAGCUACACGCACUUCCUGGGAGCGCACCUUUGAAAACAGUAUAAUGCCCAAGUUUAAAGAUCUGUUAGCCUUUCUAAAUAAAUACGCGAGAGAUGACGAACCAAUACAAUUGAUCUCAACAUCGCGCGAACCCAUCCGGAAACAACGCGACAACCAGUCGAUACGAACCGAGUAUCGAAGCCAGGUACAAGGCUAUAAGGCGCACGCCUUUGUCAAUACCAACACCGCGAUUAUAUGCGCCCUUUGCAAGGCCGAUCACUAUUUAACCCAAUGUCCGAAGCUCUUAUCUCAAUUACCAACAGAAAGAUUGAGAUUAAUAAAAACGCUAAAACUUUGCGUCAAUUGUUUUCGAGGUAAUCAUUCCUAUGCUCAAUGUCGUGCGGGUGUUUGUCGGAAAUGUAUUGCAAAACAUCACACGUUACUGCACAUUGAAAAACCUAAUUCUCUUAACAAUCAAGUAAAUUCAUCACAGAAUAGAAAUUCACUAAUGUCUUCAGCGAGUCCGCUCAUUAGUCCCAAGCCAGGUACGUUAAUGUCAUUGACUACGGUCGGUAGAUCCGAAGUUUUAUUAGCCACCGCCCGGGUUAAAAUCCUCGAUAGCCACAACCGAGAGCAUGAAUGUAGAGUUCUAUUAGAUGCAGGUUCUCAAUCUAAUUUUAUUACCGAAGAAUUAGCAAAUAAAUUACAACUUCACAAAGGUAAAAUAAAUAUACCAGUAGUAGGCUUAGGGUAUCAGACAACCAAUUUAAAACAUUCAGUUAUCACACAAUUCAAAUCGCGCUUUACCAACUCUAAGCAUGAAGCAAAAUUCUUAGUUAUUCCAAUUAUAACCUCAUACUUACCGUCGCGAAUAGUGGACAGCGAACACUUAAAGAUACCAUCAAACGUAGAAUUAGCGGACCCCUAUUUCAAUAUACCAGCCACUAUUGACGCCUUAUUAGGGGAAUACCUAUUUUAUAAACUCAUACGUUCUGGGCAAAUUAGGCUAAAAAAUGAAACAGCAAUAUUACAAGAGACACAAUUGGGUUGGGUCUUCUCAGGAGAAGUAGGAGAUAAGGGAGCAAACAAUUCAAGUAUAAAGGGUUUUUUGACUACCACGAAUUUAGAUACUCAACUAGCUAAAUUUUGGGAGCUAGAAGAGCAGCCAUCCGCAAAAUCAAUUUCCCCCGAAGAUGAACAAUGCGAGAAUCUAUUUCGAGAAUCGACUCAACGCAAUCCUAACGGCCGAUACAUAGUUAGAUUACCCUUUAACGAAAAAAAGGAUAAGCUAGGCGAUUCCUACAAGGUAGCCCUAAAGCGAUUCUACUGCUUAGAGCGUAAAUUAGAACAGAAUAGUGAGCUACGAGAACAAUACAAUGCCUUCAUCGAAGAAUACGAGCGACUGAAUCACAUGACAAACAUAUCUGACACAGUAAACAGUCAGCAAGGGUAUUACCUACCACAUCAUGCGGUAAUAAAGGCUAGCAGCCUUACCACUAAAAUCCGAGUAGUUUUCGACGGCUCCGCGAAAACCAGCAGCGGGUUGUGUGUAAACGACACCCUCUUAACCGGUCCUACGUUACAAGACGAUUUGUUUUCCUUGAUUCUACGCUUCAGAACACACGCUUAUGUACUCACAGCCGAUAUAGAAAAAAUGUUUAGACAAGUAGUUUUACACCCGAAAGACACAGUUUAUUAUAAAAUAUUAUGGCGUAAAAAUCCGAAGGACGCGAUUAAAACAUACCACCUCAAUACAAUCACGUACGGUACAUCCUGCGCUCCGUUUCUCGCAGUUCGUUGCUUGCAACAAUUAGCUAGCGACGAAAGGACGUCAUAUCCUUUAGCAGCAAACACCAUUGAAAACGAUUUUUACAUGGAUGACCUAUUAACCGGAACACGGACCCUAGACGACGCCAUAAAACUCAGGGAACAACUAAUAGGUAUCCUCAAGGCCGGCGGUUUUAAUCUACGACAAUGGGCAUCUAAUGAGCCAUCGCUUAUUGAAGGCUUCAUGGGACAAACCACGGACGAAUACCUUUAUUUAGAUAGUAAUAACAUAAAGAAAACCCUUGGAAUUUGUUGGAAGCCUCGCAAAGACUAUUUUACUUAUCGAGUCAAUAUAAUCAAUCGCGAAGCGCAAGAGACCAAACGUACUAUGCUAUCAAAAAUAGCACAGAUAUUUGACCCGUUAGGAUUACUUGGACCAGUAGUGGUAAGAGCGAAAAUCUUUUUCCAGCAAUUUUGGAAAACUAGCUUAGAUUGGGACGAGGCAAUUCCAACCGACCUAUUCGCCUUGUGGAAGGACUUUGUGGAGGAUUUGAGCGCUCUGCCGUUGCACUCGCGUCCUUGGAUUAUUGCACUCUAA